CUACAAAGAUCUAUAUCAAUUUGGAUAUUCCUGAGACGAAAGCAAUACAACAACAACAAAAGCUUGGAGAACAACCAGUGCAAUUACUAGCUUUUUCAAGUGAAAUCCCAAAUAUGCAACAAAGAAUUCAACAAGCAAAAUAUGCUACAAUUGCUCAGCUAUUGCAAUUUUCACCAGCUACAAUUGGUAACACACUAUUUACAUGUGAUGCAUGGGUAGAGCAAAUCGAUACUUCAAAUGGUUGGUUCUUUUAUUCUUGCAAUAUGCAAAAAAACCAUGAUUGAAACAGAAAAUGGUGAGCUUGCUUGCUAUGACCAUGGCCAAGGAAUUCCAAAGUUGACGUUAAGACUGCGGAUGAUAAUGAAAGAUGAAACUGCUGAUAUGGAAAUUACAGCGUUCGACAAACAAGCUGAAUUAAUGACAAAUCUUAAUGUGGAUUUUUUGCAAGCUAUUGAAGAAAUAUCACAGACAAUAGUUCCAGAGAAAAUACUUGCUGUAGUGAAGAAAAAAUUUACCUUUACUGUUGGCCUGCCUCCAAAAGCGAUUAAAGAUGAUGUCUUGACUUAUAGAAUUUACAGAAUAAAGCCAAUUCAACUAGAAGGCCAAAGUUCUACCCAAACACAAAAAGUACAACUAGCAUUUACCCAAUCCUCUAUGGAUGAUAAAUCAGAGAUUACAGAAACAAAACCCCAAAAUGACACAGAUGACACACUUGAAUCCUUUUUACAGGUUGGCCUUCCACAAAAUUUAGCUUUAGUAGAAUCUCCAGCUAAGAAACAGAGAAGGGGAAAGGAGAAGAUUGAAUGAAAAAACUUUGAAGACAUGAACAACAAGAAACUCCGCAUGAAAAUUGGCAAAGCACAAGAAUCACAUACAUCUUAUGUGAAAAAAUGUUAAUUACUUCAACUACUUUGAAGUUUGCAAAUUAUAUGAGUGUUUAAAUAAUGUGUAUGUUGGUGUAGCCUGUAAUGUUUAAUUGUUUUUGAAAUGUUCAUUUUGUUGUAAAUCUUUACGGUGUGGGUAUAAUUACAAAGAUUGUAUUAAUGGUGAAAUAAUGUAUUCUAUUGACCAUGUUGGUAUGUUAUAGUCUAUAAUUUUAGUAAAUUAGAUUUAAAUAUUAAAUUAGUGAUAAGCCUUUUGUACCCUAAAUCUAUGAAGUCAGGCUUCGAUGAUAUCUUCAUGAAAUUGAGGUAAAUAACGCAACUUUU